AUGUGGUGCGGAACACGUUUGACGGUUGAUCUUGAUGCAGAUGCAGAGCUUUCUUUGCGUUACUUGCAGACUCUUAAAUUUUGGUAUGCUUAUGUAAGGCAUUGUGGUGAUACACGUUAUGUUCCACGAUAUCACCUCAGUAUUAUUUAUCAUCAAGUAACAUAUAAUCUGGAGCUAAAAUCCGAGCAGUACGAGUUAUCGAAUGAUGCAUGCUUGGUGGCAGUCAGUGCUCCGUCAUUGCCAAAAAUGAGAGAAUUAUUUGCUAAAAAUAUGACGAUGGAAUAUGAUUUCAUGUUUGAUGUACUGGAAGAACAAGCUUCCUGUCAUGAUAUCGUCAUUGAGAGUGCAAAACAACUCAGAGAACUUGCAUAUCAAACUUGCCAAAUGUUAUUUGAUGAAUUUGCUGGUAAAAUGGUUAGGGAUGUGUUAGAUGGACAAGAAUUAAGCUCUCUCGAUGUUAAUGAGUUGGAAUCCGUUCGAGCUACACUCAUACAAGCGUACAAUCUUGCUUUCGAGUAUCAUCGAGAAUUUUACCAUAUAUUACCGAAACAGAAUCGUCACUCCUUUGCUUGGCAAACAGUUUGCUGGGCAAAGGAUUGGUUACAUUUCGUGUUAGAAUUUGUUAACCGAAGUGACGGAACUGUUCCACUGUGGGCGACGCAAUCAUUUCGGUUCUUAAUACUGGCAGUAUGUCCGGAACUUACCAUAGCAUUAUCAGACGAGGAAUUUCAGACUUUGGUGAAAAUUGUGAACGCAUGCGUUGCGCACGUUAUCGGUAACAGUAUUCCAGAUUCUGGACUGAUUAAUGGAACUUUUUUUGAUUAUGAGGUGGAUAGUGGAAAUUCGCGUGGUCAUACGAAAUCUAAACCAUAUACAAUGACAGAUUCUGUAGCUCGUUCUCAAAGAAUUCAUGAGUUAUUACGUAACAUUGAUGAAAAGCGUAACAAACACCUCGAGGCGGAUAAUAGGAUUGGUCGAGUGACGGAAGGUGGCCGAAGGGCUUUAACACUGUCAACAUAUUUUAAUCCGAAAAAACGAGCACCAUUUGAAUGGCAACGAUUAGAAAAAACGAUUGGACGUGGAAAGUUUGGCACGGUAUAUGUAGUAAUGAAUUUAACUGAAAACUGUCUGAUGGCAAUGAAACAAAUUCGAAUUGAACGAAAUGACAGAGCGUUGUUGGCUUUGGUUGAUGAAGUGGAGAAUUUGAGUCUUUUGGACCAUCCGAAUUUGGUCAAAUAUUAUGCAGUAGAAGUUCAUCGGGAAGAAUUAUUUAUUUUUAUGGAAUACUGCCCCGAAGGAACGCUUGAAGAAGUAUGUCGCGAAGGUUUGUUGGAUAUGCGAUAUGUUCGUCGAUAUACACAUUUCUUAUUAAAAGGAGUCGAAUAUAUUCACAUGAAAAUGAUCAUUCAUCGAGAUAUAAAACCUGCAAAUAUAUUCCUCGGGAAAAGGGAUGUUUUAAAACUUGGCGAUUUCGGAAGUUCAGUGCGAUUGAAGGAUGGUACAACAGCUUGCGGUGAAGUAGCUGAAUGGAUAGGUACUCCGGCUUAUAUGGCACCAGAAGUACAAACACUUGGCGGACGUACAGAAGUGAACGGUAAAGAGGAACUCAUUGGAUAUGGUAGAGCAGCUGAUAUUUGGAGUGUUGGAUGUGUUGUUCUGCAAAUGUGUACUGGAAAGCCUCCAUGGCAUGAAUGCGAACAAGUUCUACAAGUUGUUUUUCGUGUUGGUAGUGGCAUGAGGCCAACAAUACCACAGAGCGUGCAAGCAGAUUCAACGUGUUAUUCAUUUUUGGACCAGUGUUUCCAGAUAGAGCCUAGUAAACGGGCUACGGCUGAACAACUUCGCAAAGAUCCAUUUGCUGAUAUAAAUGUAUGCUGUGCUAAACUAUUACCUCAGAAGAUGUAUCAAAUUCUUGCACGAUUUUCUACAUCAGAUACAUUGAUUCGUAUGUUUCGUGCAGAUAAUUUAAGGCUAAGGCGGUAUUAUUCAACAAAAUUUGUUGAAACAACGUCAACAGAAAUAUCGAAACCAAAAGAUGGUGAAUUACAAGAAAGAAAAGAUCCAACAAUGCUUCAGGAAGUCGAUAUCAAGACUUUACCGAGAGCGGAGAAGAGACAUGUGGAAGAAUUUUUAAAAAUGACUGAAACAAGAGCAGUUGCUAUGAAAAGAUUGAAUUAUAAGAAUUUGGCUACAUUUUUUGUGCUGUUUGGUUUGGCAGCAGGUGUUUAUCUAUACACAUAUAGUGGACUUAAGCAGGAAACUUUCCUAGAAGAAAUUGAUGAAGAGUUGGCAACGGAAUUAGCCGAGAAAGCAAAAAAAAAUUGA